UCGCCGAAUGGUGUGCUGGAUCGCGCUCCUGCUCGCUCGGCUUCGGCUUUGCCUGCCUGCCGUGCCCUGCCGGCAAACGCAACACCGAAGCGGGCUGCGGGCGUGGGGUGCGGUGCGGGAGGCGAGGAUCGAGGGCAACGUGGCGUGGUACGCCCGCGAGGGGAGGCGCCUUUGCUUCCCGCGGAGGCGGCUAUAAAAGGAGCGCGAGAUCCAGAUCUGGACAGAUGCGACCGCCCUCGCUGCUCUCCCUCACCCUCGACUCCGCGGUCCUCCGCAUCGCCCACAUCGCCGACCUCUCCCACCUCCCCGACCACCUCGUCAUCGACCUCUUCCGUGUAGAGAACCCUGAGUGCUGGUAAGCUGACAGAAAAAGUUCUGAAGUUGUUUCUGGCAACCGGCUGCGAGGAAGUCAUCUUGGCUGUUCAAUUGCUAAACAUUAAGCAGCCACUCGUCCCAGUCCUUCCCACAAGGUGCUCUGAGAGGUUCUAGACCUGCAGGGCUUAGAUCAUUUUGAUUACCUGAGAAGAUGUCUUUGGAAAUUCAAGACAAUGAGGUUGACAUUGUGAUCGCAGCACUCCAGCCCAACCUGACCACCUUCUUUGAGGCAUGGCGGCCAUUUUUCUCCGGUUUCCACAUCAUUGUUAUCAAAGAUCCAGACAUGGCAGAGGAUCUUCAAAUCCCUCCAGGUUUCGAUCUCAAGGUCUACAUGAAGUCAGACAUCGACAGAGUGCUUGGUGCCACGUCCAUCAACUUCUCCGGCCACUCGUGCCGUUACUUUGGGUAUCUUGUCUCACGCAAGAAGUAUGUGAUUUCAAUUGAUGACAAUUGCCUCCCAGCGAAGGACACUGGUGGGAUGACUGUCGAUGCUGUUGCACAGCACAUGGUCAAUUUGAAGACACCUGCUACACCUUUCUUUUUCAACACACUCUAUGAUCCAUUCCGAAAAGGCGCUGAUUUUGUCCGUGGUUACCCAUUUAGCUUGCGUGAAGGGGUUGAAUGCAUGCUCUCAUGUGGGCUGUGGCUGCAUAACGCAGACUACGACCCAAUGACUCAUGUUGUGAAGAGAAACCAACGGAACACAACCUAUGUGGAUGCUGUGAUGACAGUUCCACUUGGUGCGAUGAUGCCUGUGAGCGGUAUAAAUGUUGCAUUCAACCGUGAGGUGCUGGGGCCUGUUAUGUUCCCAGGUCUGCAGCUACGCAAGGAAGGGAAGCACAGAUGGGAUACCCUUGAGGAUGUAUGGAAUGGCUUGUGUGCUAAAGUGGUCUGCGACCGCUUGGGGUAUGGUAUGAAGACUGGACUGCCUUAUGUGAUGCGAAGUGAUGCCGAAGCAGGUAAAGCUCUGGAGAGCUUGAAAGAAUGGGAAGGGGUGAAAGUCAUGGACGAUGUUCUUCCAUUUUUCCAGUCGCUCAAGCUAUCGAGCACUGCUGUUACCGUUGAAGACUGUGUCAAGGAGCUAGCAACCAUUGUCCGGGAGAAAUUAGGACCGCAGAAUGCAAUCUUCACCAAAGCAGCCGACGCCAUGGUGGAAUGGAUCAACCUCUGGGAAUCUCAUGGCGCUCAGAAUGCUUAGUUUGGAGUUCUGGUGUUUCUGAUAAAGUAUCUAUAAUUGUUUGGAAUACUUGUUUUCAGUUUUAAAAUUUCCUUGUGGAACGUAUGAAGCUGAAUAAGACAACAUUCCUGUAUGCUAGGAAUUUGGCUUGGAGUAAUUAAACAAUCAAUUGUGCACGCUCAGCAGCACAAGAACCGUGCAACGAUGUAAAACACUUAUGAUCUGCAAGGAGUAUUGUGUUGCACCCA